AUGGCUACUACUUUUCCAACGGGCCCGGAUAUUGAUGAGAAAAAGUUCUGGACCACAGAUUGUAGCAAUAAUAAUAGCAAUAAUCAAUUCAAUUAUAUAACAAGUAAGGGCGGCAGCGGUGGCGAUGUUUGGAUCAUGGGAAGAGUCAAGAAGGAGAGUUAUGAAAAAUCAAAGAAUGCCGGCCUGUCCAACAGGCAAAAUGGACAAGAUGUAGAUGACUUGCUGAGUGACAAUAUCGCUGAUUCGGAAGAGGAGGAUGAUUAUACUCGCGAUGACGCAAAGGAUGACGAAGGCCACCUGAAACGAACUUCAUUUCAAGAGAAGCUGUAUCAUUUCUUUGAAGUACCCCGGAGUCUUGCCGCUAGACUUUUCUCGGUUUUCUCUGCUUUGUGCACUGUUGGAGCCGUGAUUUUAAUCUGCCUUAAUUCUCUGCCAAAGUAUGAGCUGUCUAAUCAGCUUUUAUUGAUGCCGUUUCGCCUUCUUUUCAAUGUGACGUUUACCGUGGAAUAUUUGGGGAGAUUCUUUGCCUCGGCGAAUAAACAAAAGUUCUUCUUUGGACUAAUGAGUUUACUCGACCUGAUUGCAAUUAUUCCAUUCUUUAUUCAACUCGCUAUUCCGAGGCAAGACCUAUGGACCAACACUAGUAAACAGAAUGCGUCCCAUUUUCUAAGCAUUUUGCAACUUGUCAGGAUCAUUCGACUGUCCGACUUUACAAGGCACACGGUUGGAUUCCGGGCUGCCAUGAAAGUCGUGCGACGUUCAUCACACCAAAUAUUGUUUAUGUCAUUUUGGUAUUUCUCCAUUCUCAUUCUUUCAUCCAGUUUGAUGUUUUUGACAGAACGAGGAGAAUUUGACGCAGAACAAAAUCUAUGGGUUAGAAGAAACCCAAAUGGGCACUUGGAAAUAAGUCCCUUUCAAUCCAUAAUUCAUUCAUUUUAUUGGUCUGUCGUCACACUAUCAACGACUGGUUACGGCGAUGAUGUUCCAUACACCGUAUGGGGAAGAAUUGUAACGGGCACUGCGAUAACAUGCGGAAUAUUAGUCCUUGUCAUACCAGCUUCGAUAAUCGGAUCGAACCUGAGUGUCGAAUGGACGCGUGCCCGUCGCUUGGCCAAACUAAAGAAAACUCGGCAGCUUGCACAAACGCCAAAAAAUCCUGCAAACAUUGCGUUAUGGCAAAUCAGGUAUCUGCAAAGGCGGAAUCGACAAUUGGUGGAAGCAAUCGCCGAAGUGCAAGAAGUGCUGGCAGAUGUGAAUCCGCGCAAGUACUAUCGACGAUACCGGAAAAUACAAAUAGAGCAUGUGGCCGCUUUGAAGAGAAUCGCUGAAUUGGAGGCAUCGCUUGACUGGUGGAAACAGAUUGCGUGCAAUCGCUGCGAGCAUCAACAGCAGCUCGACAGUUAUGGCAAACUGCAACAUUGUUCCACAGACAUUAUUGUUGAUGAGAAGACAUGUAUGCCGAACGAAGCGGUUAAUGAACCGUAUAGAUCGUCGGUACGCGGCAUAGAAAGUUUUGGGUGCAUGAUACCUCCUCCGAGGAUGUUUCCUGGAUUCUUGACAGAUGCCAAUAUGAUAUCGGACGGCGACUAUAAAUCGACAAACGAAAAGGAGCUAUCGGUUACCGAAACGACGACGGCGGCGGUGGCGAAAAACGACCCUCGCAAACGAAAAAGCAAUAUGGUCAUCACCACCACCAUCAAUGCACUUAACCCUUUCAAGAUGUUUAGACGUUCUAGCCGAUCGUCAGAGCGGGACAUGCCAGCAGCAAACACCACCACCUCGUCCUUUGAUACACAUUCGAUCGAACAUCCCAUCACCGCUCCCGAGUCUGCAUACCUCCACACAAACAAGGAUAAAUAUGACCAUCCGCAAAGUGUAACGACGGCUCCAGUGAAGGCAUCUGCUCGGCUCACGCCAAACGAUCUGAUUCGAUCGGCCACUCUGCCGUGCGGAGAGUGUCCCAAGUAUAGCGAUAAAAACGCGUUGGCUGUGGGAGAGAGUGGGUUGAUGGAUUUGUUUCAGCAGAGAAUCGAUGCGAGUGGCAUGGGCGGGGGUAAUGCCGCCAUUCAAAGCAAAAAAGAUAAUACUGGUAGCGGUGAUGCUGACGUUGAUGUUGAUGAUAACACGGGUGGCAUUGAAAUUGUUGUUGAACGUGAAAUUGGUAACAGCGAUGGACUCUAG